CAGCUAUCCAUUGCGAGAUAAGCCAAUCACAUCUGGCUAAGUCGCUAUCGGCCAGAUCGGCCGAGGUUCAUAAAGCAAACAGCACUCACUUGUGACAGCGUGGGCAUGAGGUGUAAAAGGCGUAUUAUGGAGAGCUUCACUAGCUUCACUCUAGAAGCAUACAGCCCGGGACUUGCUGGUGGUCAUCACUCAAUCAGAUGACAUGUAGCUCAUAGCGUAGGCAAGGCUGACUUGGCCGACACAUUCGCCAUUAAUCUAACUGCAUAGCCUGGUUUCCAUCCAAACAGAAGAGAACUGGAAGAAAAUAGGUGACAAUCAAGAAAAGGAGAAUGGCUCUCAAAGGAAAAGGCAUUCUUUGGAAAUUGAAAUCCUUACGCCUUCGUCGAAAACGCUCUCCACUAUGCACCUUACCAUCAGAACUAAUCGAAGCAGUUGCAUCCUUCCUGGAUCCCAUUGACUUGUGCGCAUUCCGACUGACGUGCAAAACUCUCCACGAGAAAACAUACCUCAUCUUCUGGAAAACAUCCCUUCGCAGUGUUGAGACCGACGUCUCCCUUGACAGCUUGGGGAAAAUCCAAACAAUCUCAAUAAACCCACGACUCCGCCAUUACAUACACCACCUGUCCACCAAAGGCUUCGACAAGACCAACACAAUUCUCGGGGAAGGGUUUCAAUGGGACCGCCAUGCCUCUGGUCAUCUCAUCGACCUCCACGACCAUCUGGCCGUCAAACAGCUCUGCAAGAUCUUCUGCCAACUCGUCAACUGCACGUCCAUUGAGAUCUUCUCCCCUAUCACCGAAAUUGUCGUACAUCCAUUGAAGGCUUUCGAACCAACAGAUGCAAUUCCAACCAUGUUAGAGGUCAUCACCCAGACAGGCCAUCCAGUCACUUCUCUCACGCUAAAUUUCAUGGGCUGGGGAUAUAGCGGCCCCAGCGACCCGGACCCCAGAUGCCUUCGAAUUGCUCACGAAGCUCAGCUCAUCGCGCUUGGGGCGCAUCUUGAGAAUCUCACCCUGAAAUAUACCUUUGAGCAUGAUGUCGUGCAUGACUGGGCAGUCGAUUUGCUCCACCACACCCGCAACCUCCGCACGUUACAUAUCGAAUCCUGCAAUGAUUUGAGGGGCGUGCCCCUUUUCCACCGCCUAGCAUUAUCGUCCGAUAUGGCCUGGCCCCAGCUACGAGAACUUAGUCUCGAGACGGUCCGCGCAAGAGGUGAUGACCUUACCAUGGUCCUGCGGAAAUCCCAGCAGAGCCUGCGUGUAUUGAGCUUGAACUGCUUGAGAAUAAUAUCCAGUAAAGAGGACCUCAAACAAAUAUUUCAGGUGCUCGGCACGGACUUUCCCGCGUUGCAAGCCAUCCAUAUCGGGCCAUUAUGGUCGGGACCGGCUAUGCGGGAUUAUGUCCAUUUUCCGGGCGUGUCGCAAAAUCCCGUCGUUGAUGAAUUGCAAGGGACGAGGUUUGACUUUAUGCUUAACCGAUUUGAGGGGAGUGACAGAGUAUCGUCCGUAAUUUACUCGGGUCCAAAGAUGGAUGUUGCUUUGGGGAUCAUAGCGGAAGCGGUGGAUUUAAUUGUGAAACAGCCACUCGAAGAAUGGAUUCGAGACUUCCGAGCUCGUCAAAACCAAGAAUCAUUACCCACCCCUAGCUAAAAUAAUCAGAUCUGCUGUUUGUUAUAGGCCUACGUGUGCAAUCAAUUUACAUAUACCCCAGUGCUCAGAAAGCACUAUUGAAAACCUCAUGAACAGCCUUUCUGCGGCUCAUCCAUGACCCGUCUCGUAUCCUGCGCCAGUCUCCUAGUCUUUUCGUUAAUGCGAUAUACAUACGAUGUAGUUGACGUCUCUUUAAAAACGGGAGCUAGAGAAUGUGUCUAGGCACCUGCCAGGUACCAAGUGAUUAUACAGCAUACUCGUCAUGUGCUAUGAGUCACACUCCUGUUCUUUCACACUUUGCGUUUACCUUGUCUGAAAACGAUU